UGCAACCCGGAACCGGUUACUGGCCUUUAACUAGUACACAGGAAGUCUUCCUAUAGUGACAGUUUUUAAACCUUAUUUCUACGAGUAUAGUGAUGGCGGUGGAUGUAAAAGCACGAUCUAAAAGAUACGAAAAACUUGAUUUUCUUGGGGAGGGUCAAUUUGCUACAGUAUAUAAAGCAAAGGACAAACAUACAAAUACUAUCGUUGCUAUUAAGAAGAUUAAGCUUGGCCAUAGAUUAGAAGCUAAAGAUGGUAUUAAUAGGACAGCCCUUCGAGAAAUCAAACUUCUUCAAGAAUUAAGUCAUCCAAAUAUCAUUGGUCUUCUUGAUGCUUUUGGACACAAAUCUAAUAUAAGUCUUGUUUUUGACUUCAUGGAAACAGAUUUAGAGGUCAUAAUCAAAGACACAAGCCUCGUAUUAACUCCUGCUAAUAUAAAAGCAUACAUGUUAAUGACGCUUCAAGGUCUUGAAUACAUGCAUCAACACUGGAUUUUACACAGGGACUUAAAACCUAAUAAUUUGUUACUUGAUGAAAACGGAGUUUUAAAAAUUGCUGACUUUGGUUUGGCAAAAGCUUUCGGCAGUCCCAACAGGGUUUAUACUCAUCAAGUUGUAACAAGAUGGUACAGAUCACCAGAGCUCUUGUUUGGUGCAAGAAUGUAUGGAGUUGGUGUGGAUAUGUGGGCAGUAGGUUGUAUAUUGGCUGAAUUACUCCUUAGGGUGCCAUUUUUACCUGGAGACACUGAUCUAGAUCAGUUAACACGUAUAUUUGAAGCACUGGGCACUCCAACAGAGGAGAAGUGGCCUGGUAUGACCAGCCUUCCUGACUACAUAUCAUUCAAAAUGUUUCCUGGAACACCACUGGAGCAUAUAUUUAGUGCAGCUGGAGAUGAUUUACUAGAACUUUUGCAGGGACUGUUCACAUUUAAUCCCUGUACCAGAACAACAGCGACUCAGGCAUUGAAGAAAAGGUACUUCAGUAACAGACCUGGUCCUACUCCAGGACCACAGCUACCGAGACCAAAUUGUUCAACAGAAGCCCUGAAAGAACAACAAAACCAUCACUUGGGUAUUAAGAGAAAACGAGAUGGCACUGAGCAAGGAACCCUUGCUAAGAAACUAGUUUUUUGAAUAUUAAUCAUGAAUGCUGAUGACCGGCAAGUUUUACUGUUCAGCUGAACAGGACUGUGGCAGAUGAGAAGAGCAAACCAUUCCAGUUACAUAUUGUAACAAACCUACUAUUCUGCAUGAAAGGCAGAACAUUAAUAUUUAUUGUAAAAACAUUUUUUUGUUUGUAUGUUAAUAAAUUUGAUUUUCGUAA